AUGUAUUGUAACUUACAUGGAGACAACAACGAAAAUUAUAAAUGCGAAACAACCAAGCGCACCGCCUCCGUCUCUAUCCGCAACAACACCUCCAACCCCAUCGUCAGCAUCUCCCUCAUCCACAAAUACAGCGACGUCUACAAGCACCGCAAAGAAUGGGCCGCCAUACCCGCCAGCGACUCCUCCACUGAAUCUCUCAAAGUUGAAUACAACACCGGUUUCUUCACCACAGGCCGCGAUUGGUGGUUCAUCUCCUGGUAUAGCCAAGACAUGAAGACGCUCUACUACAGCAACCCGCAAAACUUUCGCGGCGCGUUUGAUGCCAUUGAGAAGGGCGUUUCACCUGAGAGGCUGGGAUGCUCUUGGCCGAGAUUGCAGUUGUAUGAGAUGGAAGAGACGGCUGGAUUUAAGCAACAUAUCUUGAGAGAGGAAGAUGAGGGUAAAGUGACGGAGAUUAUCAUCAACGAAGAUGAAACCAUUACGUUUAAAUCACAGUCGGGCGAUUCGGAGACAGUAUACACUUCAAAGACAGCACCAGGGCAAUAGAUUUUAAGCAGAUAGAGCAGCAUAGAGUUUUUACAACACAUGUUUAC